AUGUUUGCGAAUUUUACAUUUUUAUUUGAGCACUUUAAGGGUAUGGCCCACGCCAAGAGAAAAACUCGAAAGCUUAGGGGGCACGUGUCACAUGGACACGGUCGUAUCGGAAAGCAUAGAAAGCAUCCCGGUGGUCGCGGUAAAGCAGGAGGUCAGCAUCACCACAGAAUCAACCGUGACAAGUUCCAUCCAGGUCUUUUCGGAAAGGUUGGUAUGCGAGUGUUCCAUUUGAACAAGAAUCACUACUACUGCCCAACUGUAAACGUUGAUCGGCUGUGGUCGCUUGUUCCAGAUCCGAUCAAGGAAAAGGCCACUCCCGCUAAAGCACCCGUCAUCGAUUGUGUGAAGGCCGGCUAUUUCAAGGUUCUUGGAAAAGGAUUGCUGCCGAAACAGCCCUUGAUCGUGAAGGCCAAGUACUUCUCUCAUGAAGCUGAAGAUAAGAUCAAAGCAGCUGGAGGAGCUUGUAUUUUGGUGGCAUAA